AUGGCGUGGCCCUGCAUCAGCCGCCUGUGCUGCCUGGCGCGGCGCUGGAACCAGCUGGACCGCUCCGACGUGGCGGUGCCGCUGACCCUGCACGGCUACUCGGACCUCGAGGGCGAGGAGCCGGGCUCGGGGGGCGCCGCCGCCAGCAGGGGCCCGUCGCCGGCCGUCGUCGCCCGGGACCCCGGCCGGGACGUGCCGCUCACUCAGUACCAGCGCGACUUCGGCGUGUGGACGGCGCCCGCGGCGCCCCGAGACGCGGGAGCCCGCGAUGCGGCCCAGGGACGCGGGCCGGGGGCUGGCGGCCGCAGGAGCCGCGGCGCGGCGCCCCCCGCCCGGGGCGUCUACGUGCUGCCCCUCGGCGACGCGGACGCCGCCGCAGCGACCACAUCGUACAGGCAAGAGUUCCAGGCUUGGACCGGGGUGAAGCCCUCAAGAUCCACCAAGGCAAAACCAGCUCAGGUCAUCACAACCCACACUUCUGGAUGGGAUGGCAGCCCUGGACCAGGUUUCCAGGUUCCUGAAGUGAGGAAGAAAUUCACGCCUAACCCGUCAGCCAUCUUUCAAGCUCCAGCUCAGAGGAUUCUCAAUGUGUGAUGGCCCUGGUUGGGUGGGCAGCAGACACCAUGGCUGCCAGAGCACCGAGGAGCAGGCUCAGGGCCCUGGGCUGAGAGCCUGGCUCAGUCCUCUAUCAGGAGGGGCCUGAGUGCGAUGGCAUGGAGGAGUGGUACAGGGAACACACCAUCACCAGCUCCACUUGGCCUUGCCAACCUCAUGUGAAGACUUCCUGUUAACAAUUGCCAUUCGGCCUCCUUGGGCUUUUACAUCUCAGGAAGCUGAGGAAUAUGGAUGUAUCAGGUCCUCAGCAGAACCAGUUAAGCCCACUUUGGGUGGCUUCCCCAGGUUGCAUGAUAGUUUUAUUCAUUUUAUAGCCUAUGGUAACUCCAGGCAGUAUCCUUGUGUCUUCCUACAAUGGCUUGGGUGUUUCAGUCAUGGAAGGUUAUCAUCUCCUAGUGACAGCAUAGUGAUGCUGAAUCACUGGGAAUGUUUCCCAAAGAAAAGUAGGGAUCACGGGGCUUCAAGACAGUUUCUUCACAGCCAAGAUGAUCCCCAUGUUUCAGCAAGCCAUUUCUUGGGAUGAGUGAAGUAUUCAAAGUACAAGUUUCAUUUACCUGUGGUGGUUUCUAAAGGGUGGACCCUGUAUUUUAUUACCCACUUUGUUUUAACACAGGAAAGAUUAGAAGGGAACCAACAUGCACAGGCCUUAGCACUGGGAGCACUGGUGCCAAUGUGGCCUCAUCACCAGCCCUUCCUCCACCCCUGCCUCCCUCCCCCCCUCCUGCAGUGAACCUGUGGCAAGGGUAGCUCUUCAUCUUUAGAAGGCCCUUAGGUCUUAAAUCCAGCCAGUGUGGCUGCCUGGCCUGCUCUGCAUAUCAGCCCUGCAAACAUCUGAAGAGCUGAUGUGUGUGGCAUGGACGUCUCCAGUAAAGGAACCAACUUUGGCAGGAUGGUUUCUCAGCCCGCAGGUGGCUCUUGUCUAUGCAGCAUGUGGCUCCUGGUGGUGGCACUCAGGUUUCAGACCCGGAAGUGAGCAUUUCCUAACUCAGCGCCCCAGGUACUGGCUGAGGCAGCCACAGGCCUCCUGCACAGCAGCACAGGACACAUGGGGCUGAGGGUCAGUCUGAAGCUAGACUGGAACUGCUGUGCAGGAAGGGGCCUGUCACUUCCCUUGCUGGUUUGCAUGUUCCAUGUUGCUGAGUGACUGCCUGCUGGGCAUUUUAAUGUGGGAGGUGAGCAGAUUAACUGCAGUCUGACUACUAAAAUGCAAAAAUGUA